GAAAAGAGUACCACAACCCCUCCAAAAGCCCUCGCUUAUUGUCCGUGUUUCUUAGUCACAUUCUGAAUUUUGUCGACUUUUAGGCCAGCGCCCCAUUUUUCCAGCACGAUCGAUAUCAGUAGGAUGACUCUCCAUCGUAAGCAUUCCGCGCUCCCCUCGCCCGUCGCUCGUAGUCUCGUUGUAGCAGCAUCCCUUUUCUUUCGCACGGGCUACGAUGGUGCAGUGUUGGGCCGAAGUAUAUCUUCCACUCCGCGCCAGGCACCUGGUGCCGAGCAAAACUCAGCAACCACAAGGGGAAGGCAACGCGAACACCUCAUUGCUACCACCAGGCCAUCAGCUGUCGAAUUUCAAGUACUCCCAUCGACCGACGCUGCGGCUGCAACAUCAACAUCGGACACAGAAACGUCCGCUCGAUCCGCAGAGGAGUCGCGAAGAACCGCAGAUCAAGCCGGAGGAGCAAAUAGAAAUAUACAAUCCGACAGGAGAGAAGGAGCUCCGCAGGCACCUUCAGAGCCAACAAACGCAGGAAUCUCCCAAGGAGAAAUUUUCCCGCAUUCCCGCUUGCCGCCUGCUUUAGCAUUAGCCUCGUCAGCAACUACAACUCAACCGGCGGCGCACGGGCGUGGCCGGGCUUCCUUUCCGCUUCCGCGAGCGGGAAGGUUUUUUACUCGCUCCGCGUCGCCGCCCUCCGUUGCAGCAAAAGGCCCUGCCGCGCUUGAUGUAGUUGUACACCCUAAUUCUUCUAGAUCAACGGGCGAGAAAGCCCGAGCCAAAACCGUUCCGGUGCGAGGAAAAAAAGAGUUCAAGCGAGGAAAUAACCAUGCACGGAGAAAGCCGUCGGGCGAUAUUAAGGCCGCGGACCCGACGACCAGAGGUUCCACUGCCUCAGGAACAACCACGACGGAUGUUGGUCCGCAGAGCAGCCCCAUUCGCAGGGCCAGAGGUUUGGCUUCAGUGGAACACGGGCUCGUCUCACAACCAGGAGCGCUUCGGCACACAGCACCAGCAGAAUCGACGGAGACUCUGAAACAGCAUGGCGCAUCAAGUUCAAGAGGUGGACCGGGACAGGUGGAUCAGGAUCCUCAGCGCCAACGUAUCAGCGGUGAUGACGAGGAAGAAGGAUCAGCGUCUCACUUCGUUGCACAGACUGAGCAAGAUGAAAACGAAGGGCCGCCCCUCGCGCCGCGCCGCCCGGCCUUCAGUAGACAAAACUCGCCGCAAGGAGCAGCAACCUCCAUGGUGGAGGUGUCGCCGGACGUAAGCGACGUGCCGCGCACACAGCUGCAACAAGCACCUCCUGCAGCUUCGUCUCCACCUACAACAGCGACCGCAACAGCGACCACCAGCACGUUGCUCUCUGCAGAAGCAGUGCGACUUCUGUCGCCCUACCUUUCCACACCCGAGUUCAGUCGGCUCACCGCGGCGGGCAAGAGCGUCAACCCGGACGUCGUAAAGACGAAAGUGCAGCAGUGGCGGCGUUUCUUGGACUUUGACGACCCGGAGGGUGGCGCGCUGUUCCGGCAGUUGGAAAGAAACUUGUUCAAAGUCGCGCAUCUAGUCGAGCUGUACUUUCCGCACCAAAAUCCUGAUCUCCUGUCAAACAUGGACCGGGGGGCCGUGCUGGCACAAGUCUUUGAACACUUAGCGCCCGAAUACCACUACAGCAAGACAGCGAAAAGAAGCAGUACUAGUACAACGCUCGGAGAGCAGAAUUUUAAGGCGCCCGAGGAACGACGAGAUGACGUGCGCCCGGGAACUGCGCGAUCAAAAACAAAAUCGCCCACGGGAGCAGGGACAACGGGCAGCAGACCCGGGACCCUUUCAUCAGCAUCCGCACAUCAUGGAACCUCCGGGGAGAGUGAGCCGCAAGAUCUGGCGUUUCAAACUCAUGAAGGGAUGAACGCAGCACACGUACAACCGGCUGGGAAUGCGAUUUCUACGGCCUCUUCGUCGGCGCACCCGAACAAUCGCCCCGGUCCUCCACUAACGGUCGACACGUCGACACAAACCUCCAUGGACGUCGACGCGGAUGGAAAUCAGGGAAUAAAUCAGGCAUCCAUUUUUGUACCUGGAGCGGGUCAAGCUCUUUCAGCACCUGCCUACUUCCCGCCUUCUCGACACAGCGACAGCGAAGACCUUUCCCCGUAUCCACAAAUAAGUAGUCCUCCGCACCAUCAAACAUCGAGAGGGCAUGACCCUCCUGCCGUUCCCCUGGACACAGGGGGAGAAGCGACCCGCACGGAGACCUUCGUCCUUCCGGAGCAAGUGCCCGGCGUCACCGCGCGCGUUGUGCAACUGCAACAGCAAAACCGGUGGCGGAGGCGCUACGUACCGAUUGGGACGGGCGCCAGCAUACGAAUCCGGAGACAAGCAAAAAGCCGAGCGCCACGAACUUUACCCGGGUACGGCAACAACAUCGUAAAUAAAACGGACACCGGGAAGUGGGCGGAGGAAGUUGAGCAGUUGUGUCUACACGCAUCUGCAUCCGGCUCCUUACAAAAACUGGAAGGAGCGGCAGGUCGAGCAGCCGAACAGGAAAAGGGUUGUGCCAUCGGUAGUCAAGUAUUUGACGCCAACGAUGUUGAUUGGAAAUAUCUAGUCCGCGCUGCUCCUCCUGAUGAUCGAAGCCAAAGCUCAACGCAGGACCGGCUCUUGAAAAUGGGUUCCGAUGCGCAAAAGAGACAGGCCGAAAUCAAGUCUAAAGCGAGAGAUGAAGUGAAGCAAGCUAAAGAUAGAUUCCCCGAUAGCAGCACGAAAGCGACCACUAGUAGAGACGAGCAUCAAGACCUCGAGCCCCGUGUAAAGCUUUUGCCGAAUAUCAUUCCGGCCAAGAGCCUUGGUGUGAUCAAGGAGUAUGUGCGCGAGCACUGGUAUGAGCGCACUAUGGACCAACGCACGCGGGUCUUGAGCUGGAAGCCGCGGAUACUCGCGGCAGAUCAAGAGACCGCGGUGAUUCCACUAGAGCCCUUCGAGCAAAUCGUGUUGACGAAAACAGCACAGUCGCCCGGAAGACGGAUUUAUCUCACCAGUAGAGACGAGUAUGCAGCAGGUGGUGACUUCUACGAGACGAGAAAUCCCGGCGGUUCGCAAAGCAGUGGUCGACGUCAAUCUGGUCCUCGAGAGGGCAAUGCUGAUCUCCAUGCUGCUUCAUCAACGUACGUCGAUUAUGGCCAUCAUCUCCGGGAUAAAGAUUUUUUUGACAGAGACGAUUUUGAAGUGGAAGAGCCACCAAUCAGUUAUGACAAUGGCGAUUUUGCGAUUGGUACAACAUCAAGUGAUGACGAAGAUAUCGAAGAGAACCAGGGCCUCUAUCCAUCGCCAAGUUGUAGCCAAAGCCACCAUGAUCGAGCAAGCAGUGGCAGAAAAAGCCGAAUGCACUACACAACUAUGCGGCCGCGCCGAACAAGAAACCGAACCGACGAGGGUGCUGAGUCCUCGGGAGCAGCUGUGGGACCGUCGACAUUGCCCGAAGUAGACAGGAAAACAAGCGAAACCCGUGCCAAGAAAGACCGACUUAGAAAGGCCAAAGCUAGCCGGCUGAGGCUGUAUCAUCAGAUUUUGGGUCGCAAACUGGAGAAGCAAUAUAGGGAUGUGAUCCGAAAAAUGUACCACUUGUCAGACAUCGACACACCCAACGUCCACCCGCCGGAGCAACGCCAUUUUGUGCAUUUCGAACUUGCCGCGAUGAAGUCGUCCGGCUCUUUCGAGUUGCGCACCGUCCGCACCUAUCCAGCCACGCCGCGGUCGGAAGAUGCCACCGUCGACGUGGAGGAUCUGCAUACUGCUACCGACGCCGACGACUUGCUCGAUUACUUCAAUUUUCAGGAAGUGGUGCAACACGAAUUUGACUUCCUCGAAGACCAAGGCAUCGCGCAUCAAGCGGCAGGUGGUACUGGCGGAGGCGGGCGGGGGCAGCAACGGGGUGUACAAGAGAUACUGGAGCCAUUCCUCGCGUACUACUACAUCAGGGAAAACUUGGUUUUGCUUCUGUAGUUUGUUCAGGUUGGCUUUGUCUUUAUUGACAUCAUUUUCUAUGCAAAUAUAAGUGAGCCUAUGCUAUGUGUGCUAAAAAGACGACUGUCUGUAGUUUUCGUGUACUUUUUGUUUUUCCCUUGGUAUCAUAUACAAAUGGGAACAUUUUUGAACAUCAGCAUGCGAAUUGGGCUUGCACCCCAAGCGGCCGCUGCAGAAGACGGCAAUUACAACCCCCGUCCGGCCUUGCCAAUGCCGAUGGAGAGACGGGAACAAGUAGAUUCGAUGCAGAGGACGAGCAGUGGAACAAGCAGACCGCUGACCGCCAUCACGGAAAGCGCCCUCACGGACCACUACACCCGGGAACUGUGGACGGACAAGACCACUGCUGCCUCCGGAAAGGACGCGUUUCAGCUGUGGCUGGGCCACGGCUUUGUGUCGCUGGCGGAACGCGACCUCUGGGUCGGUUUGACCCCGGGGUCGGUGAAGGAGGGCGUGUUCGUGUGGCUCACCGAACUGCUCCCCCCGCUGGUCGACCGCAUUGCGUAUCGCGAGGAAAAAUACCCCCACCCCCAAAGUUGCAAAAAUUUGUGAUGCAAAGUUUCCAAAUGAAAACUUUUUGUCAUGUAUGAAAGGAGUGCGAACCUUUCUGAUGCAGAGUCUCGGUGUGUUUCGCAACGCUUGCAUGACAAGUGCCGCUCUUGCUGGGAUCUUUUGCAACACAAAUGUUUGCUAUUCACGAUCGGAAAUCUGUGAUGCUGAUAGAUGCAAGCGGGCGAAUGUUUCACUUGGAAAGGUUUGCAAUGCAAAUGCUCCCAAGUUCGGGGGUGGGGGCAUUUUUCAUUGUAAUAUUGCGAAGAAGUUGUUCGGGCGCGCGGUCUUCAGCGAUGAUAAUCCGUUUUAUCACACGAAGACCGGGUUCCUGAAAGCAGAAAGCGGGUUCAGCUACGUGGAAAAGAUGCGGGCGCACGCGGCAGAUCGGA